AUAAAGAUGAAUGGUUUAGAAUGUUUAAGGUAUUGUUAUUUAUGUAGGUUAUGCAUUUAAUUUAUUGUUUUAGUUAUAGUUAUUUAAAUAAAAUUCUCAUUAUAAUUACUUAACAUUUUAUUUUAAUGUCAUACAACAUUAUUGCAGGAGAAAUGUGUGUGGGAUCCUUUGAGUGAAAAAAGUGUUCAGAAAGUUUUCAAUACCAGAUGCUCUAAAAGAAUGUCUGAUAUGCUGCGGCGAGUAAGGGAGAAUUAUGAGCUUCACGGCAUCCGUCCUAGCUGGAUAGGCGAGGAGGUUUUUCAGGAGCUUGUAAUAUAUUGGAGGACUCCACAAUUCCGGGCUAAAUCAGAAACCUUUAAGAAGAUGAGGGCAUCUGAAAAGGGCGGUUGUGUCAACACAGUUGGAAGUAUUAGCACCGCCGAGCAUGCCCGACGAUUGGCUAAGCAGUUGGGUAGAAGACCAUUGAUGCCUGAGCUGAUUUCGAGGACCCGGACAAGGAGAUCGGGAGGUGUUGUCGACAAGCGCACUAGGAUGUAUCUUGAAGAAUAUGAUAGACGACUUGCCAUUUUUCUGGAAAAUAAUCCUCAAUUCAUGCCAGCAGAGGGGGAGCCGCUUAACGCGGAUGUUGAUCACUACAUUUGGUGUGACGUUAUUAAAGAUAAAGGGCCUAAUGGUUGCUUUUUUGGGGCUGGAAAUUUGGCGUCCAGCUAUAGAUCUGGUGACCGUAAUCUGUUCCAAAGAGUUCAGGAUGGAGAGGGUGGAUCGCGUCAACCAAAUCUGACACAGGAACAAACUGAAUUAGUAAGGCAAUUGGCGAGACGCGAAAGUGAGGCCCAGAUCGAGAUGAUGCGGAAGAAGCAGUCUGAUAUGGAGGAGCAGCAUGCGCGACAGAUGGAGGGCAUUAUGAAGAAGCAAGCUGAGAUGGAGGAGCAGAUGAGACGGUUUAUGCAAGGAGGAGGAAAUUACAGUAAUGCUCCUCCUCAAGAGCCGGAGGAUGACGGGGUGGCUGGACAGAGUUGGAUGCAAAUGUUUCAAAAUCAUUCUUGUGGUCUUGAAUCAAGCCGUAUAGCGAUUGAUAUUGAAGUUGUUGUUCAUCAUAUCGAUCUUGUUGUAGCUGUUGCAUGGUUUGGAACUGGAGCUGUUGUGAUUGAUAUUGAAGUUGUUGUUCAUUAUAUCUCUCUUGUUGAAGUUGUUGCAUGGUCUGGAGCUGGAGCUGUUGUGAUUCAAAAUGUUGUUGUUGUUGAAAUUGCAUAUUUUCAAGCAUGGAGAUAA